AUGCCAGUGGCAAGAGAAGUAUUUACGCGGCAGGAGUUCAUUGACUUUUGCAGACAGGUCGUGUUCUAUCCUACCUAUCCGGAUCGAGAGGUUUCAAUAGACAAGAAAGCAAUUAUUUACAUGUAUAAGGACUUAGAAGUAGCUGAUGAGGAAGCAGGAGCUAAACUAGUGGGCUUAAUACUACGCACCAUUCUAGAGCAGGACGCAGAGGUCGAAGACAUCAAGGAAGAUCACAUUCGCAAGUUUCUGCAAGCUGCACGCGAAGCCGCCAGGUUGGGGACUCCAGUCAACGCCGGUGGCCACAAGUUGGUAACAGGCACGACGGCACAAGGCACGGCGGCAACAGACUCAACCGCGACCAUCACAACGACAGCGGGAGAUGCCACGCCGGCGGCCCAGGAAAAAUACGCCUGCGGGGCCAAUCUGAUCGACGCCCUGGGCGUCGUGGCGAUGUCGACCUCCGACGACGAGCGACAACAGCGGCGCGAGUGGACGGACCUUGCUGAAGCCUUGCACAAGGAGGGCAACACGCUACAGACGUCUGAUGAGGCCGGAAAAGCACUUGGAACAGCUCUGGCCCGGUCCACCAUGGACGAAACCGACGCUGAGCAGGCUGCACUCGACGUCUGCCAUGCGGCCUGGGUCCUCGCCGCUUCGAUCAUACGCAAUCGUGGGGCCGAUGAUGCUGCGAGGGCCGUGAAGACGGCGCUCGACCAAGACCUGACUUGGCAAAUAAGGUGCAUACUGUGGAAGAUGAGAGCAGAAGAUGGAACCACACUGUACCUGGUGGAUUGGGAGCCGACGUGGGAGCCGCCAAAGCACUUGAACCCUGAGCAGAUUGUUCGCUUCGAGGACCGUCGAUUCGUGCGCAAGUUCGUCGACCUCGAGGCAAAAGAAGUACCAGCUCGGAAGCCUAAGUCAUCGUCCAACAACAAACCGGCACAUACACAGAAGCAAAAGAAACAGGCUCGGCAGAAGCGUAGGCGUGGAACGUAG